CUCCUCUGGUGGAUGGAUCCGAAACAUUUCACCUGCUCCGACAGUCCGACGACGGUCAGUAGCUGGCUACCUGGUACCAGCAAAAUUCGGCGACGCCGAAGCUACGCCGCCGGGUCCCGAGGGCAGCCCAGCCCUAGCUCGCCAGCGUUGCCGAGGAGGCGGUUUGUUCUGGUGGGCUGAACGGCCUUGCGGAUCUCCUGGGAGCCAGCGCGAUGGCGCGGGGGGCUCGGCUCCUUCUUGUUAUCGCGCUGCUGGCGGCGCUACUCGCCGUCGCUCUACAGCUCUACCGUCUGAGGAAGCCGAGGUUGUGGACAGUGGAGGAGCUAUCCGUGUACAACGGAACAGAUGAGGAGUUGCCCAUACUACUCGGGAUUUUGGGCUCAGUUUUUGACGUUACAAAAGGGAGGUCACAUUAUGGUCCUGGAGGAGGUUAUCAUCACUUUGCUGGCAGGGAUGCAUCACGAGCGUUCGUUUCUGGAAAUUUUACAGGUGAUGGCCUGACUGAUUCUUUACAGGGUUUAUCAAGCAGUGAGAUAAACAGCAUUGUUGAUUGGAGGAAAUUUUACUUCGAGAGAUACAUAUUUGCCGGCAAACUUAUUGGACGCUACUACGACAGUCAAGGAAAUCCUACAAAGUAUCUGAAGGGUGUAGAAGUAAAGGCAAAGAGAGGUGCACAGCUUCUCGAAAAGCAGAAGAGUGAGGAAGCUAAAAUACCUAGCUGCAAUUCAAAAUGGAGCCAACAAGAAGGCGGAGAAGUUUGGUGCGAUACAGGCUAUCCAAGAUUGGUGAGGAGGCCUGGCGACAUAGCUCUGACCGGACAAGUUAGCCAAAGGUGUGCUUGUUUCCAGGAAGACGAGCUCAACAAACCUGGGCUAGUGGCGUACGAAGGGUGCGAUCAUCUGUCCAAGUCCUGCAAAGUAAACUAGGCCGUACGUCUCCCUCUCGGUGUCCACAAACCCGUUGCUGUCUAGUCAGUGCGAGGUUGUUAGUUACAUCAGCAGUGACAUUUCCACGAGGCACCAGCCACACCGUCAUGUUGAUCGAUGUCUCCGUGCUGGUCCAGCCGUGCAUCGAUGGAUCCUCUCGAAAUAUCUGGUGCGACGUCGUGUUUUUGGAUGUUGCAGAUAUGCAAUUGAUUGGGGGAUACUACGUGCAAUCGAUUCGUAUGAUGGUAACACCACUGCAUUGCCAUGAAAUUGUUCAUACAACAACAACAGUAAGUUUGUUGUGGGUUUCAAAUCCA